AUGAGCAAGAAGGCCAAGCCGAAGCCCAAGGCGGCAGUUGUGGACGAGAAUCUCGUGACGCGGCAAAUUGUCGCGACCAACUAUGGCAAAGCUUGCAAAGCUAUUGGCGUCCUGGUGAAUCCACACGUAAACGAGAUUUUCCGUGGCAAGGAGGAGGACGGAGACCUUGUGAAUCUCAUUCUCGAAGGCGAAAACGUGGGAACUCUCGGUCCAGGCGGCGUUCGGUUUUCCAGUGGUCCAUACACUCAGCUCCGAUAUAUUCGUAUCUGGAAGCAGGAGAUCGGGAAUGAAGGCGCCGCUGCAAUUGCAAGUCUGUUGCAAGCUACAUCGAGUGUCAACGUAGCAUACCUCGAGCUACUGGACUGCGGGAUCGGAGCGGACGGAUGCAAAGCGUUAGCUGACGUCUUAUCGCUACAAAAAGUCCCCGGUCUGCUCACGCUCAAUCUCGACUACAAUCUCGAAAUCGGUGACGCUGGAGUGAACGUGCUCAUCGACGGGCUUUUCAGCAACACAACGUUAAAGCAACUCCAUCUCGAUUAUUGCAAUGUUGGACCGAACGGUUGCAUCAAACUUGCGCAGCUGAUAAGUUUGCCAGCAUGUGCGAUCGAAGUGCUAUCACUGAAUGGCAACAACGUUGGAGGCGAAGGUCUGCAUCACCUUUCGCUUGGCCUCGCGCGUUCACAGAGACUCGUCACACUGAACUUGUCGGACAACGGCAUCCGGAAUAACAUCGAGGCACUCGCAGCCUUCCGUGACGCUCUCGUUCGAAGCAAAGCUCUGGCACACGUGGACUUCACCUUCAACUUGAUCGAGCCCGACGGUGCCAACGUCCUGCUACCUGCUCUUGCUCCGUCGUUCUUGGUGGACGCGUCACUUCCUGGCGAGAUCUUCCAGCAACUCAAUCGCGCACGUAAAGCUGAAGGCAAGAAGAAAGGCAAGAAAGGAGGUGGCAAGAAGAAAAAGAAAUGA